AUGGCGGGCGUCGCGGUGCCCGGAAGUGGUCCAAUCGCCUCCGUCGAGUUCGAAGUUUUUGGACAAGUUCAAGGUUGCUACUUCACGAAAUAUCUGAAGGAGCAAUGCGAGGAGCUGUCGGUGUCCGGAUGGGUGAAGAACACCAAGAAGGGAACGCUCUACGGGAUCAUCCAGGGCGCCAAAGCCAACGUCGAAAUGAUGGUGAUCUGGUUAUCGAACAAGGGAUCACCGGGCAGCAAGAUCGACAGAUGCGAGCUGAAAAAUUGGGCCAACCUAGCCAAACCUGAAUUCAAGGGUUUCUCAAUCAGAUUUUAAAUUCCUCUUUUUUUUGACAUUGUUUCUUCUU